GACUGAUGUGGCUGUUCCAGAGGGAAGGUGUCUGAGCGACUUGUCAGCAGCUGCGAGCCUGAGGGCGCAUUAAAUCGAACCCAACCUACAUACGUACGAGAGCGAGGCGCUCGGGCCACUAUUCGUCCUCUUCACAGGCACAUGCCUCGGCCGGUCGACCCCAUUGCGCCAGCUCGAAUGCUCACCAUAUGUAGGACACGCCCGCCUACGAACGAAUGAUUGCUGUCCGUCAGCUGCCUGUUGCGCUCCCUCUCCUUGCUCUUCUUCUCUUUCCACACCUUCCCACAAGAUGCCCAUCCAUUUGACCAUGAACGACAUUCCCGAGCUGACGUUCACCACGGAAGCGUCCAUUCCGCAACUCCAUCAGCGCGUUGUCAAUAAAUUUCACACCCACGAAACGCGCCCCAUAGAGUACCGGCUCAAGCAGCUGCGCUCUUUGUACUGGGGAUUGAAAGAUGCAGAGUCCGCAGUCAUGGAGGCUUGUAUGUUGGAUUUGAAGAAGUCAAGCUACGAGACCUAUCUUACUGAGAUCGGCUGGAUUCUCAAUGACAUAAUAUUUAUGAGCAAAAACCUGCAGAGGUUCAUGAAAGAAGAGAAAGCAGAGGACACAUCCUUGACCAACUGGCCCAUGCGUCCACGGUAUCGUAAAGACCCUCUCGGUGCCGUGCUGAUCAUUGGAGCAUACAACUUUCCCUUCCAGCUCUCACUGGGCCCGCUGGUUGGUGCCAUUGCUGCAGGCUGCACUGCUGUGCUGAAGCCAUCUGAAAAUGCCCCAAAUGCUGCGCGUGUCAUGCAGCACAUCAUCGAACAAUCGCUUGACCCGAAUGGCUAUCAGGUCGUGCAGGGCGCCAUUCCUGAGACCACUGCUGUGCUCGCUUGCAAAUGGGACAAGAUCUUCUACACUGGCAACGGUGCCGUGGGAACGAUCAUUGCGAAGAAAGCUGCCGAGACCUUGACUCCUGUCACUUUGGAGCUGGGAGGUCGCAAUCCUGCUAUCAUCACCAAGAACGCCGAUGCACGCCUCGCAGCUCGUCGACUUCUUUGGGCGAAGCUUAUGAAUGUGGGACAAGUCUGCGUCAGUCAGAACUACAUUCUCGUCGAUAAGGAAAUCCUUCCCGAAUUCGUUCGCCAGCUUGAGGUCGCCAUCGCCGAGUUCCAGCCAAAGGGCGCUGAGCAAGCCGCAGAUUACGGCAAAGUCAUCAACGAACGUCAAUGGACUCGCCUCAAGAAGAUGCUCGACAGUACCAACGGCAAAAUUCUUCUUGGUGGCAAUACCAACAAGUCUACCCUCUUCUUCGGACCCACUGUUGUCCAGGUCAAUUCCGCCGACGACCCUCUCCUCACCGAUGAGUCCUUCGGGCCUCUGAUUCCUAUCCUCCCUGUCCAGGACCUCGACGAAGCCAUCCGGACAGCAAACAGAAUCGACUCCACUCCACUCGGCAUCUACCCCUUCGGCACCACUGCCGAGACCAACAAAGUCCUGUCCCAGACUCGUUCCGGUGGCGCCUCUGUCAACGAUGCCUUCUUCCACGCUUCCAUUCCCACCCUCGCUUUUGGUGGCGUCGGAGAAUCUGGUACAGGAUCUUAUCGCGGCAAAGCUUCUUUCGAUUGUUUCACACACCGUAGAAGUGUCACCACAACUCCGGCGUGGAUCGAAGGGCUACUGGCUAUUCGCUACCCACCUUAUACCGAUGCAAAAUUGAAGAAGUUCCGCGGCAUGUCGGAGCUCAAGCCGGACUUUGAUAGGAAUGGGAACCCUACGGGAAGUGGGUUGUUGUGGUGGGUUCUUGGACUGGGUGGAAAGAGUUUGACGGGAGGCUUCACAAGAUGGGUGCUUGUUGCUGUUGUUGCGACGUUGGCCAAGUUGUAUCGGGAGAGAUAUGCAUGAGGGCAAAGGCAAGACGGUCUAAAGACGUAUUACGGCAGCAGUGUAAUGAUGCGGGGCCUGUGGCUUGCGUGUUGAUGGAGAAGCCGUUGUAUGGAAAUAGAGAUUAUGUCUACUUUGGCAUAUCUAGGAGAACGUGCCAUGUGAUAUCCCAGAAUGAGUGUCUUGGUAUUUUCACAUAUUCUGCUCAUGUUCUCGUGCCCAUUGUAAUCCACGGUUCUUCGAUACGAGCAUGGCGCGCACGAAGCUCACCAGUACAACCUUUCUGCUUGGCGACAUGUCAUGCCCCCUCUAACUUUUUGUGCGGCGAUUGAUUUCCGGCGCCGUGUCUUCAGUGUCAGCUUUUGAUGCCCAGGGCGUCAGAGAAAUUGCUUUGAACCCCUGCUCGAGGCGAUCUGAAAGGCAUUCGAAGCGAACAUCGCCAGCACGCACAGCCUCGCUCGAGACGAGACGCUCUCGUAUCAGAUCAGAGACUUCCGUCAUGCCGUGCUCGCAAAGCGUCUGCUGUUGAGAAGCAGUAGGCAACUCACGCUCCUCAUUCAUACUGACUCAAACUCUCCCCCGUUGUUCCGUCCACAGCAUGCAACACCUCUUAUAACCUCCCACCUCCAACUUCCUCACUUUCCUGUCCAAUUCCAUCUUCUCCUCGUGCUCAAUGCCAAGGCUCUCCGCCUCAACCUCGACAAAACCCUUCCUUCGAUACCAAGGCCCAUUCCAAGGCACAUCCUUAUAGCACGUCAAUGACACUCUCGACACUUCCUCUCCUGUCUGAAUAGCUAGCUCUCGCGCCCAGUCGAAGACAGCAUUCAACAGCAUGCCUCCUACACCUUUCCCGUUAUGUUCUGCAAGAACAGAGAUCUCCGCAAUGUAAAUCGUAUUAUCCUUCGGGAGAGCCGCGAUGAUACCCACAGCUUUUGGCUCUGAAGCGGAAGAGUCCAUCACAAGGAAGACUCGGCCACGAGAGAGCCAGGUGUUCAGCCCGGAGAUAGAGUUGGGAGUGAAAGUGCCCGGUUGCGCGAGAUGUGCGAGAUCCGGAAUCGUGCUGAACUUUUGCACAGAACAUUCUUCAAUGGCUCUGAUUGCUGGUGCGUCGUCCGGGGUGGCGCGGCGGAGGAAGUAGGUCGGAGAUAGUGUGGCCAUAUCGCGACAACCUGAGACGAUGACCGAUGGCAUGUGGUUGAGAACCGCUGAUGUGAGCCAUGGCCCAUUUUCUGCAGCCGAAGGGUGCGGGGCACGGCCUACUGCGGGGCGAGUGUUUUGUGUUCCAGGAAAGCAGCAGUCUGCACGUCGGUCGUCCUGUUGCAUGAUUGUACCAAGAUUAAGCUGGUGGCAGCAUGAGCGCUCAAGACUUGUCAUCAUAGCUUGCUUGUCUGCAGUCCGGCGGCCUCGAAUAUCCUCAUUGCUCGUUGACACCAGCAUAGCUUGACAGUUUCGUUACGUCUCCUGUACCAAGCUGCCGCCAGCUCGAGAGGUACCAUCGCGGAGAACAGUGCAACAUAGCCAUUCUCUGGCUCUGUGUCGAAGGCUAUUGUCAUACACAAAUGAUUUGCGAGUUCUGUCGCAGUUGUGAUGAGUCUUUCCAUCUCCUGAUCAUCGCACUGCAAUUC